AUGGCCGGACUGUUUGACUGGGCGCUGGUGGAGGAGUGCAACCAGUACACGGAUUGGAGCGGUGGAGAGUGGUACAGCGGCAAGUAUGGGUGCGACUAUGCCAACGAGUUUAUUCUUCGCAACAAGGCGGUGUUUGUGGCAGAGUAUGUGGAGAGCUGGGGCAAUUCAGCGGGAGUGAAGAAUGGCAUUAGAUUCCCGCAGGGUAUGUGUGCUGACAACAACGCACAUGGCUUCACGACUCGCCUCUACGACCUUGACUUGGGGAACGGGCCGAGUUAUGCAUUUGCCAACUGCCUGCAGCACAAGCCUGGAGGAUGCAAUGUGUGGAGGGAGUGUGUCAAGCCCAGUGUGUUUAACCAGUACAAGCAGCAGGGCAUGGCGAGAUGGGAUGCUGUAGGGCAAUGUGCCAGGGCUAGGAGAGCUGCGUGUAGAGCGCAAGCCACAUCGAUUAACCAUCUACCAGACGAGAUUCUUCUCAAAAUUGUCUCACAUGCCACCGCCGCCACCGCCGCCACUGCCUCCACUGCCGCCAACCUCGCUGAAUUGACAGCAGCAGUGGUGGCCGCGGAUACCGGCCAGACCGACGAGCCGAGCUUCACGGACGGCCCCGAUCGUAGCAAUCUCGCGGUCGUUUGUAAGCGAUGGAUGCUUCUAAUGACCACCCUGCGCGUCCAUGGCGGUUUUAAGUCUCGCUCCGAAUGCGAACUCCGCAAUACCGAGCGCCUCGCGAUGACGCUCUCCGCCCCCGCGAUCUCCGCGCCGACGCUCUUCCGCACGUUGGCGCUCGCGCCGAGCAUCACGGAGCUUUUCCUGGAGGCGAACGCCGUCGAUUUCUACGACGACGAGUUCCUCCCCGGCCUGCUCUCCGCGCGCCCUGAGCUCGCCCGCUUGAGCAUCGGCUCCCCCCGCUUCACCGGAUCGCCGCACUUUCGAAUCGGCACGAGAGCUGUCGAGAGUUUCUUUUGCCUCGCGUCGUCGCGCGGCCUGCAAGAGCUCUCGCUGCGCGAGUGUCUCGGCCACACGACGAAGCUUCCUGCUUCCGUCGCGUCGCUGUCGUCGCUGCGCGUGUUCCGCCUGUGCUCCAAGGCUCUCCGCUCGCUGUCCGCCGAAAUGUGCCGUCUGUCUGCCCUGCAGGAACUUUAUCUAAACUGCCCGUUGCUGCAGCACCUGCCCGAAAAUUUCGGCCGGCUAACGAGGCUGGAGCACCUUUCGUUUACGGACUGCACGGAAAUGCGGCGCCUGCCGGACUCGCUCGGCGAUCUCGCCUCGCUCACCUCUCUCCACGUCGACGGCUCGUGGCACGUCGAUAAGUUCCCGCCUCGCGUCGCCGCGCUGCAGCACAUGCGGCGGCUGGAGCUGCGAAACUUCAACGGCGCUUUACCAGACGCAUGCGAAAAAUGGGCGAAUCUCGAGCAAGUCACCCUGGAUUCGUGCGAAGACAUGCGCAGAUUCCAGCUCGCGUCCGUGCACUCGCUCACACAUCUCACCAUCAGCGCCUGCUGGGACCUCCACUCGCUCCCACCCAACCUGCCCUUCGCAACAGCAUUGCGCCAUCUCACACUCACCUAUCUCAACUUCGAAGUGUCCCUUGAGCCGCUAAGCCAGCUGGUGUCUUUGGAGCGGCUCGAGGUGUCAAGUGUCGACCACGAGGAGCGCUUUCCCGAGGCGCUCUUCUCGUUGCCGUCGCUGGCGCACGUGAAAGCGGGGUACGUGUCGUGGGUGGAAGCUGACGAGGUGGCCGCUAUGGAGAACGCAAGGGAGCUAACCACGCUCGUCGGAAACUUGGCACUGAAUCAUCCCUCUGCUGCCGCCGCCGCAGCCACAGCCGCAGCAGCAGGUGCGGCAGGUGAUACCGCCGACCAAUCCGCACUCGGCCCGUCACUGAAGCAUCUGAGUAUCUGCAUGGGCACUCCCGGGAGCGGCAGGCGCGGCGGCAGGCUCUCCGCACGUCUGUGCUCGCUGCUCUCCCUCACGCACCUCUCCAUCGACUGCCUCAGCUCGUCCGCCCUCCUGCCCUCCAGCCUGGGUCAUCUCACCAACCUCCACUCGCUCUCUCUGCGUGGCACCUGUCUCAGCCUCCCGCACUCUCUCUCCCGCCUAGCCCUGUGCCUGCACUCCCUGAAACUGCACUACAGCGGCACCGAGAGCGCGGAUAUUUUCCAGCGCAUGCUCCCUUACUUUCUCUCGAAUCUCACCUCCCUCACGAACCUCCACCUCCGCAACAUGCACGUUCCGUCCCCCCCGCCCUCCUUUGCGCGACUCCACGCCCUCCGCACGCUACGUAUGGAGUACGACAGCUGCUUUCCCAGCCACGUGUCCCUUCCAGAAGACCUGGGCCAGGUGGCAGCCUUAGAGUGGCUGGACCUGAGGGGCUGCUGCUUGAAAGACGACCUUCCGCAGUCCUUGUGUGACCUGUCGUCCCUUCGCCGCCUGUUCCUUGCUAGCAACUACCUUCAGCACCUGCCCAGUGGGAUUUCGAAGCUGUCGCGCCUCGAAGAGCUCACCAUUCAUUCGUGCCAUAGUCUGGAAACCCUGUCCCCGGGGUUUGGCUGCCUGGCAGCCCUGAAGAAGCUGAGUAUCCGCGGUGGAUCGAGGGAUUAUCUGCCUGACACGCUGGCCGGCUUAUCCUCCCUCGAGGAGGUCUCCUUGGUUCAUUGUUCCAACAGAUUUCGCCUGCCUCCCUCCUUCUGUCUCCUCCCUCGCCUGCGCACGCUCACUCUCACCAGCUGCAAUGAUCUCACCACCCUGCCUUGCAACUUCUGCUCUCUAUCCUCCCUGCAGUGUCUCUCUGUCGACUUGUGCAACACGUUUCACCAUCUGCCCGAGUCUUUCUCCGCUCUUCCCUCCCUGACAAUUCUCAGCAUCUCCAACUGCCCGGAAUUGUCCUCCCUUCCUGAGACCUUUGGCUUGCUGCGCCGUUUAACUCGCCUCGUUAUCGUCGAAUGCGACUCCUUCACGCACCUUCCCAGCUCCUUCUCCUCGCUGUCUGCGCUCCGAGUGGCGAGCUCCAGCCUCUGCAAGCACCUGCUCUCCCUCCCUCCCACCCUAGGCCUGCUACCGCGCUUAGAAGUGCUUCAGUUGAGGGAGUGCGUGGCACUCAAGUCGCUACCGGAGUCGCUCAGAGAGGCGAGGGCGCUGAGGCAUGUGGAUGUGUAUGGUGGUGGUGUGGCGGAGGUGGGCGUUUGUGCAAGUAAAGUGCAUGUUGUGAGGGGGAGAAUGGGAAAGGCCGAGUAUGUGGGGACAAAGGACAAGGGGAGGAAAGGGGGGAGAUGA